UUGCAUGUUUGAGAUAGCAGAAGAUCUAGUGACUUAGUAACCGGGAAUACAGGCAAAGUUUACCAACAAUUUCACAACAAUCCACGAUAAGACAAGGAAAAUAAAAGUAGCACUGAUAACUCUACACGAAGUGGGCCUGACCACUGCCAACAUGCGAGCAAUGGCAGCUAAUAACAGCUAUGUGAGACCAGCAGAUUUCAUUGAUCCUGGCCAGCCAUCCCGAUGCACCUGGCAUCUGGACACCAAGGAGCAGACGCCUCACACGCAACGUGGCAUUGCACAUCCUCAGAAGAUUACCCCUGAUAUCCUGCAAACCAUUGGCUGCACACCACUCGUCAGACUCAACAACAUACCCACCAAGGAGGGCAUUCAGUGUGAGAUGUUUGCCAAGUGUGAGUUCAUGAAUCCGGGUGGCUCAGUUAAGGAUCGCAUUGCCUAUCGCAUGAUACAGGAUGCGGAGGACAAAGGACUGCUGAAGCCAGGCUACACAAUAAUUGAGCCCACGUCGGGCAACACGGGCAUUGGCCUGGCCAUGGCCUGUGCCGUCAAGGGCUACAAGUGCAUCAUAGUCAUGCCCGAAAGGAUGUCCAACGAGCGAGUCUACAUACUACAUGCUCUGGGCGCGCAAGUUGUACGCACUCCCAACGAGGCGCCCUACGAUUCGGCGGAGGGUCUUCAUUACGUGGCCCAACGGCUGCAGCAUGAAACACCCAACUCGAUUGUUCUAGAUCAGUUUCGUAACGCUGGCAAUCCGCUGGCACAUUAUGAUGGCACAGCUGCCGAAAUACUCUGGCAGUUGGACAAUAAGGUGGACAUGGUGGUGCUUUGUACUGGCACAGUGGGCACCAUCACUGGCAUUGGCCGCAAAAUCAAGGAGCAGGCUCCCAAUUGUCGUGUAAUUGGCGUCGAUCCUUAUGGCUCCGUGCUGGCUCGUCCCAUGGAGAUCAACAAGACUGAUGUGCUGUCCUACGAGGUGGAGGGCAUUGGCUACAAGUUUCCACCAACCGUCUACGAUGGCACGGUUAUCGAUGAAUGGGUCAAAGUCUAUGAUCUUGACAUUUUUCCUAUGAGUCGUCGCCUCAUUGCCGAGGAGGGUUUGCUCUGCGGUGGUUCCAGUGGUGGCGCUAUGUUUGCAGCCUUGAAGUGUGCACGCUCCUUGAAGGCUGGCCAGCGUUGUGUGGUGAUCCUUGCAGAUGGCGUUCGAAACUACAUGUCCCGGUUUGUAUCAGACAACUGGAUGGAGGCACGUGGCUUCAAGCAACUCGACAAUCCUCAUCGACACUGGUGGUGGGAUGUCCCCAUAUCAAAAUUAAAGCUGUCCAGUCCUGUUGCCACGCUGCAGUCCAACACAACAAUGGGCCAGGCUAUUGAGAUAAUGCAACGGCAUGGCGUGGAUCAGCUGCCUAUGGUUGACCAAAAAACUGGAGCUGUUUUGGGCGUGGUGGGUCAAGAGACGCUCCUCAAUCAGCUGGUCAGCAUGAAUCGGCAACUGGAUGAGCCUGCUUUGAAGGCGAUUAACAAACGUGUCGUUCGCCUGCCAGAGAGUGACAUAGUUGGCAAGCUGGCACGUGUACUGGAAGUGGAUCCCAGUGUGCUGGUUGUCGGGCAGAACGAGAAGAUCUUGGCAGUUGUUACCAAAGCAGACAUUAUUGCCUAUAUAUCCAAUGACAACUCCGAUCCUUGAAAUUCUUGGUAGAGA